CUGCAUUCACAAUCACGAUACUUGGCAUAAGCACUGUGAGCACAGGCAAAUGGACCCGCAGAGUCCAUCGCGCCAUAAUAAUGUUGGGUUGCACCGUGUCAGCCUAGGGCUGCAGGGCCUAGCACUGAUUUGGGGUAUUCCGGAGUGUCGAUGAUCCAUAGGCCCAGAUAACGCAAAGCUGGGCUAACGGAGGUGACCUCCGAAGUGAAGGAAGGAAGAAUCAUCACAUCGUUGCCAUAAUUUGUUGGACGAGUCCGAAGAAAAUCCAGAGGGCGAAGAGGUAAAUCCCAGAUUCAAUCAAAAUGCGAAAUCGGUACUCAGCUAUCGUCAUUGGCGCAGGAGAAUCUGGAAUCGCCGUGGGUUGUAUGCUCAAGACCAAGCUGGGCACCGACGACUUUCGGAUAUUCGACAGACAGAGCGGUGUUGGAGGGGCAUGGUUUGCCAACAGAUACCCGGGCGUAGCUUGCGAUAUCCCGGCGAUUUUCUACUCAUAUUCUUUCGCCCCAAACUAUGAGUGGACCACCUUGUUCCCUCCAGGCCAGGAGAUCCAGCAGUACUUGGACGGUGUCUGCGACAAGUUUGAUAUCCGAAGCAACAUCCAGCUCAACACUGAGGUGUCAAGUGCUCGUUGGAUUGACGAAGAUGCCGAGUGGGAAGUCAAGGUGACCUGUCUGAAUCCUCAAGACAAGACUUCAGAAGAAGUGGCCCUUCGGUGUAAGGUCCUAGUCACAUGCGCCGGCGAACUUGUCGAGCCCAAUAUAUGGCCGCAGCAUAUCCCAGGAAUUGAGUCUUUCCAAGGACAGGUCUUUCACACCGCGCAGUGGAAAGACGAUGUUUCUCUGACAGGAAAAGAUGUUGUCGUAAUCGGGACAGGCUGCACUGCAGCGCAGCUAGUUCCGGCACUGGCAAGCCCAGAGAUUGCUGCAAAGUCAAUCACGCAACUCAUGAGAGGACCACCGUGGGUGAUGGCUCGCCCUGAAAAACCUCCUCCGCGUUUGAUGGAGGUUGUUUCCACGUUGCUUAGGACCAUACCUGGACUUGGCUUGUUUCUUCGGCUUUGCCUCUUCCUGUACGCUGAAUCGACAUGGCUCAAUGUCGGCACGGGCUGGUUCGGCAAGAAGCGUCGACAGUGGUUUGAGAAAAGACUCUCCACUCACCUGCGGAAGACGGUGCCACCUGAAUACCACGAUAUGCUCACACCGCAUUUCGGCGUUGGGUGUCGGCGGAUCAUUGUCGAUGGUGGGUGGUUGGAAAGCCUGAGUCUCCCCAACGUGGAACUUACGAACAGACCUCUGGUUUCAAUCGAACCACAGGGUGUUGUCUUGGGUCCUCGACCAGAAGGGCGGAGCUCAGCUUCCAACAACGAGAAACGCCACUGUGAAACCAUCCUAAAGCCCGCAGAUGUCAUUCUCUUGGCGAAUGGCUUCGAGACUUCGACUUACCUCCAUCGCUUGAAGGUCCAAGGAAGAGACGGGGCACUCCUUCACGACGUCUGGCAGGCAAAUGGAGGCCCUGGUGCGUACCUCAGCACAGCAGUUCACGGAUUCCCCAACUUUUUCAUGGUUCUGGGACCAAACUCCGUCAGCGGUCACUCGUCGGCCAUUCUGGCAAGUGAAAAUGUGGCAGGAUAUGCUCUGAACUUCCUCAAGCUUGUUCUAAGUGGACAGGCCCGCACAGUUGAAGUCCAGCUGGAGGCUGAGCAAAGUUAUACGGCUGAUGUGCAGAGAAGAUCGCUAGACAAAGUCUGGCAGACAUGUCACAAUGGCUAUAUACAGAUUGAUGGCUGGAAUAGCUCGAUAUGCCCGUAAGUUACGCGAUCAUCUUCCUCCCAAUUUUCCAAUUGCUUCAGAAGAGAAACUAAUGACCCGGCAUCUCGAAAGCUUCAACCAAAUUCAUUUUGGGUGGAUGUGUAGACAUCCGAUAUGGCAGCACUGGGAUAUUGCGUACACGGAGGCUGGAACUCAAGAGAAAGGCUUAAGGAAUUAUCGAUAUCGGCAAGCGAUGUGGAUGUUUACUUCAUUCCUGACCAUGUUUGCUCUUCUUCUUGCGUACUUCGGUAGAUCAUGCUAGACGAUGGAAUUGUCUAGACAUGAACUUAUGAGAACCAAGAAGAACUGUUCUCACUACAAGAACUGCCGAUAAAAGCGAAAGUCACUGGGUGCCUGAUUUUUAGAAUUGGAUAGAAUUGGAGUCUACAAGCUAACAAUGGCUGUCCUGCGCUUGGCUUCACUUUCCAUCUUGUUCAUGUGGACUGCAACGUCAGUCAGUC